CCCAGCCCGCGCUGAGCGCCCGCGGCCCCGCACCCACGAUGCCCGCCGCCCCCGCCGGUGCCCUCCUGGCGCUGCCCGCGCUGCUGCAGCUGGCGGCCGUGGGCGGCUCGCCCGGGCCCCGCGCGCUCCUGCGGGGCUGCCCCGCGCGCUGUCAGUGCGAGCCCGACGGCAGGACGCUGCUCCGGGCCGACUGCUCCGACCGGGGGCUCUCGGAGCUGCCCUCCAACCUCAGCGUCUUCACCUCCUACCUGGACCUCAGUAUGAACAACAUCAGCCAGCUGCCCCCGAGCGCCCUGGCCCGUCUCCGCUUCCUGGAGGAGCUACGUCUUGCCGGAAACGCUUUGACAUACAUUCCCAAGGGAGCAUUCACUGGCCUUCACAGUCUUAAAGUUCUCAUGCUGCAGAAUAAUCACCUAGGACAGGUUCCCUCGGAAGCUCUGCAGAACCUGCGAAGCCUUCAGUCCCUACGCCUGGACGCCAACCACAUCAGCGCAGUGCCCCCCGGCUGCUUCAGCGGCCUGCACGCCCUGCGGCACCUGUGGCUGGAUGACAAUGCGCUGACUGAGAUCCCCGUGCAGGCUUUCAGAAGUUUGACGGCCCUGCAGGCCAUGACCUUGGCCCUGAACAAAAUCCGCCACAUCCCAGACUAUGCUUUUGGGAACCUCUCCAGCUUGGUGGUUCUGCAUCUCCAUAACAAUAGAAUUCACUCCCUGGGAAAGAGAUGCUUUGAUGGGCUCCACAGCCUAGAGACUUUAGACUUAAAUUAUAAUAAUCUUGAUGAAUUCCCCACCGCCAUCAGGACACUCUCCAACCUUAAAGAACUAGGAUUUCACAGCAACAAUAUCAAGUCGAUACCAGAGAAAGCAUUUGUAGGCAAUCCUUCUCUUAUUACAAUACAUUUCUAUGAUAACCCCAUCCAGUUUGUCGGAAGGUCCGCUUUUCAACAUUUACCAGAGCUAAGAACGCUGACUCUGAACGGUGCCUCGCAAAUAACCGAGUUUCCAGACCUGACCGGAACGGCGAGCCUGGAGAGCCUGACGUUAACCGGCGCCCAGAUCUCGUCCCUCCCUGGAGCGGCCUGGGACCAGCUGCCCGCCCUGCGAGUGCUAGAUCUGUCUUACAACCUGCUGGAAGAUUUACCCAGUUUUUCAGUCUGCCGGAAGCUUCAGAAAAUAGACCUGCGACAUAAUGAAAUCUAUGAAAUUAAAGCUGACACUUUCCAGCAGUUGCUUAGCCUCCGGGCGCUGAAUUUAGCCUGGAACAAAAUUGCCAUCAUUCAUCCCAAUGCAUUUUCCACGUUGCCAUCUCUAAGAAAGCUGGACCUGUCGUCCAACCGCCUGUCGUCCUUUCCUGUAACGGGGUUACAUGGUUUAACUCACUUAAAAUUAACAGGAAAUCAUGCCUUACAGAGCUUGAUAUCAUCUGAAAACUUUCCAGAACUCAAGGUCAUAGAAAUGCCUUAUGCUUACCAGUGUUGUGUAUUUGGGGUGUGUGAGAAUGUCUAUAAAAUCUCCAAUCAGUGGACUAAGGAUGACAACAGCAGUACGGAUGACCUUCAUCAGAAGGAUGCCGGGAUGUUUCAAGUUCAAGAUGAGCGGGAUCUUGAAGAUUUCUUGCUGGACUUUGAGGAAGACCUGAAAGCCCUCCACUCGGCGCAGUGCUCACCUGCCCCAGGCCCGUUCCAGCUGUGCGAGGACCUGCUGGGCAGCUGGCUGACGCGCGUGGGCGUGUGGACCGUGGCGGUGCUGGCGCUCGGCUGCAACGCGCCGGUGGCGUGGACGGCGCUGCGGGCCCCGGCGGGCGCGUGGCCGGCGCAGCGGCUGCUGGGCUGGCUGGCGGCCGCCGACCUGCUGACCGGGGCGGCGAGCGCGGCGCGGGCGGCGGUGGACGCGGCGACGUUCGGCAGCUUCGCCCGGCACGGCGCGCGCUGGGAGCAGGGCGGCGGCUGCCGGCUGCUGGCGUGCGUGUCGCUGUUCGCGGCGCAGGCGGCCGUGUUCGUGCUCACGGCGGCGGCGCUGCAGCGGGGCGCGCGGGGCGCGCGGGGGGCGCGGGGCGCGCGGGCGGGGCCGCUGUGCGCGCUGCCGGCGGCGGCCGUGGCGGCGGGGCCGCUGCUCGGGGCGGCGGCGCGGGGCGCGUCCCCGCUGUGCCUGGCGCUGCCCCCGGGCGGCGCGGGCCCGGCGGCCUUCGCGGCGGCGCUGCAGCUGCUGAACGGCGCGUGCUCGGCGGUGAUGGGCGCGGCGGCGGCGCGGCUGCUGUGCGCGCCCGCGGGGGACGCGGCGGCCCGGCACGCGGCGCUGCUGCUGCUCGCCAACUGCGUGCUGUACUGGCCGCCCGCGCUGCUGCGCCUGUGCGCGCUGCUCGGCGUGGCGGCCGCGGGCCCCGAGCUCAGCAGGUUCGUGCUGCUCGUGCUGGCGCCGCUGCCCGCCUGCCUCAACCCGCUGCUCUACAUCCUCUUCCACCCGCACUUCAGGCCGGCGCCGGCGGGCGGCCCGCGGCGGCCCAGGCCCAGGGAGCCCAGCCUGGCGUCCGUGAGCUCCGACGACGCCGACAAGCAGGCCCCCGGCGACGCCACGCAGGCCCUGGUCGCCGCGGCCCGCGACCCGCCGCGCCCCGGCCCGCAGGGCUGCCGCCUGCCCUCCGUGCCCUUCGUGCCGUGCCUCUGACCCGGCCCCCGCCCCGGGGGCGCGCCCCCGCCCCCCCCCCCGCGGGGGAGGAUGACGAUGAGGACGAGCUUGAGGAUGGGGACGAGCCGCCCCCGCGGGCAGCGCAGGCCCCACCCCGGCCCCCGGGCCGCCGCCGCCGCUGCUGUGCAGGCCCCGGUGCCGCAGAGCCUUCCCGGAAGAUGCUCCACGGUUCCAACCCGCCCGGCUGACGACUUGGGGGACGGGGGCGGGGGCGAGCCACCUGCCCACCAAAGACGACCUAGACCCGAAAAGACGCUCAGAUAGAAGGUGGUUGCAGGUGGUUGCGGAAGGCGGCCCCCAGCGGGCAGGAAGGAAAGGCCGGACCCGCAGGACUCUGCUUUUAAUGCCCGCCCUUUGCCCUUCCUCACAAAGGAUCCUUCCAGGCCCCCCCCCCCCCCACAGUGGAUAAUGCAAGGCUUCAGGAGCUACAGUCACGUCUUAGACCCUUAGAAGAUGGUUGCAGCUCUUUGCAGAAGACAGUCCUCAACAGGCAGUAAGGAAAGACCAUGACCCGUAGGACUGUUUUUAAUGCCCCCGCCCUUUGCUCUUCCUCACAAAGGAUCCUUCCAGGCCCCCCCCCCCAGUGGAUAAUGCAAGGCUUCAUGAGCUACAGUCAUGUCAGUCUUAGAGACGCCAGGUUUUAUCUAUCAGCAGAUGGUUCCUGCUGAUGUACAACUGCCUACAAGUGCUUCGAAAGGAACAUGAGCUUAGAUGCCUAGGUGGCCACCGAGGCUCUCAGGGUAGGAGCCAGGUCUGCUUUGUCGCAUUCAUGGUCGCCUCCUUGCGGUGCAGAGCUCAGAAUAAAAGUCCAUUGCCAGCGAUAUAUACCUGGGAAAGACGGCGAGCAACCUGGGAGGGGUUUGGGUGGGUGGGUGGUUGAUUGGUUGGUCUUCAGGGGAGUGCAGGCUCCUUGCAGGAGGCUUUAUCAGGUGGCUUGAACCGAUGUGCAUCUUAAGGAACUGAUCCAACACAGACCAGCACAAGUGAAAUCCACUGGCAUAGAAGCUUCUCGCACACAUAUUGCUGUAGCUCCAUGCAAUGAUGACUGAAACCACUUUGGACUCAACCGGGGACGUGGUGACGUAGCCUUUUUACUUAGCUUGGUUUUAGCUGUGUUGUCUCUGGACCAACCCACUUGAUGUCAGGAACAUGACUUCUCUGCUUACCCCAUACGUAAUACAGGUGUUAAGUAUCUUACGAAGCAAGAUCAUUAAAUACUAAAGGUCAAAGGAUUAAUUUGUAACGUCUAUUAUACUACAUUAGCUUCAAUACAUCCAAACCAAAAGACCGUUAGGUAGAUUUAUUUUUAUAUAAGCAUGUUUAUUUUGAUCAGAUGUUUUAACUUGGAAUUGAAAAAAAUACAUUUAUGAGAUGUUUUAUAAGAUGUGUAAAUAUAGAAUUGUAUUUAUUACUACAGCAAAGAUUCAGUAACACAGAGGACCAUGAUAAUGAACCAUGUACAGUGGCAUAAUCUUCCGUAUAUAUUGUGUUUCUCUGCCCAUUUUCUUAAAACUCAUUAACUGUAUAUAAUAUGUGUAAAUGUAUAGUACUUGUAAAUAGAUCCCAAACUUGCUUUUCUAUUGGGUACAAAAUAAGAUAAAUUUGUAAUAAAAUGUGUGACUAUAAAACAAGAUAUCUUCAGCUCUUUUAUUGAGCCCAGAGGCGAAUAUAUGAUCUCCUGAA